CCGUGUAAGCACCGCCCGCCCGGUCGCCGUCAACAACACCGCAGUCGAUUUUCUCCCAUUAGCACUCGUCGAAUAAGCAAGCAGCUAAUGAUUGUUUGCUAACUAAAAACGAGUCGUUCGACCACAGUUUCGCCCGAUUUGGGGGGGCUACUCCAUCAACGGUGACAACCAACAGUGAGUGCGGCGGCGAUAUCUCGCUCGUGUCGCCGCAACUGGAGGCAGCUCGCGCGGUUAGCAUCUUGGCGACACGGCGCUAGCUGGUUAAGCUAGUUAGCUAGCAGGCUGGAUGGAUGGAUGACGCUUUGCCUGGCUUUCCUAAACAACCGGCUCUCUCUUAUUUGUUGCCUCGACGAGACAAUGAUUCGCCUUUGACAGUGAGAGGGAGCGAAGGGCCGCUGGGUACUGUGUGAGCACAGGUUUAUCUCAACGCGGGUUUGCCACUGAUGCCAAUUUGGACCUGACAAUAUGAUGCCGAUGAUCUUAACGGUGUACCUCAGCGACGGGGAGCAGGCUGCGACAGAGGUGCCGAUCACCCCCGAGACCACGUGCCGCGAUGUCGUGGAGUUCUGCAAAGAGCCCGGCGAAAGUGGCUGCCACCUGGCCGAGGUCUGGCGAGGCAACGAGCGGGCCAUCCCAUUUGAGCACAUGAUGUACGAACAUCUCCAGAAAUGGGGACCUCGCAAGCAGGAGGUCAAGUUCUUCCUGCGCCAUGAAGAUUCCCCCACUGAGAGCAGUGAUCAGGGGAGUCAGCAGUCUCAGGAUCCAAUGAGGAGCGGCAACGCCGGAGAGAAGCACAACGAGAAGGGGGUUGGUAACCAGCGUGUGGAGCUGACGCUGUCCGAGCUGCAGGAGAUGGCCACGAGGCAGCAGCAGCAGAUUGAGGCUCAGCAGCAGAUGCUGGUCGCCAAGGAGCAGCGUCUGCGCUACCUCAAGCAGCAGGAGCGGCGUCAGCAGCAGACGGCCACCGAGAGCGAGAAGCUGCAGCGGCUGAAGGAGCGCGUGGAGAGCCAGGAGGCCAAGCUCAAGAAGAUCCGGGCCAUGCGGGGCCAGGUGGACUACAGCAAGGUCAUCAACGGCAACCUGUCGGCGGAGAUCGAGCAGGUGAGCGGUCUGUUCCAGGAGAAGCAGGCCGAGCUGCAGGCGGCCGUGUUGCGAGUGGACCAGCUCAGCCUGCAGCUGGAAGACCUGCGUCGGGGCAAGCUCAACGGCAUCCAGACCGCGCUGGGCGGCCAGGUGACCGGCACCGCCGCCUUGGAGCUCAGGAAGCUCUACCAGGAGCUCCAGAUCCGCAACAAACUCAACCAGGAGCAGAACAGCAAGCUGCAGCAGCAGAAGGACCUCCUGAACAAGCGCAACAUGGAGGUGACGCUCAUGGACAAGCGCAUCAGUGAGCUGCGGGAGCGCCUCUACAAGAAAAAAGCUGAGGCACGUCAAAAAGAGAACCUCCCUCUGAACAGGGCCAACGGGCCGCCCUCCCCGCAGCCGGCCGCCGGCACGCUGGGCCGCGUGGCCGCCGUGGGUCCCUACAUCCAGGUUCCGGUGCCGAGCCGACAGGACUCUGGUUACGCCUUGCCGCCCGAGCCGCUCAAGCCGCAAACUCUGGCCGUCAACAACCAAGCCAACCAAGGCCGCGCCAAAUCAGACGGCGGCGUGCAAAAGCCCCCCGGCGGCCCCUGGAAGGUGUCUGAUUUAGACAUCGUCGUGGACCCGCUGCUUCCGGAGUCUCACCCGGGUCCGGGAGCCCCCGCCGGCUCUGACGGCACGUCCCCCGGUGACGCCGGCUGGCCUCCUGUGGGUAAGACGGGCGCGUCCUUGAAACCUCCCGAGAGAAGGGACUCGGAUACGCUGGCCAAGACCCCACCUUCCGGCCCCCCUGCCGCUGCAAGUGCAGAAAAGGUGCUGGAGUCCAAAACGGCCGCUUCGUCCCCUUCCCUAUCCAAGCCGCAACCGCCGCCGUACGGUUCGCACCACUCUUCGGCCAGCUCUUUGGAGCGCCGCAAGGAUGCUCCGCCCCCGCCGCCUCGCCAGCUGCCGAACCCCCCGGCGCCCACUUGGCCCCGCGUGGCGCCCACCAGCGGCUCUUCCUCGCAGCAGAUCCAGCAGCGGAUCUCGGUGCCGCCCAGUCCCACCUUCCAGUCCCACGCGCCGCUCUUCCCGCCCGGCAUGAGCGAGCGGCUGGACCACCCGCCGGCCGUGGCCGUGCGCCCCUUCAUUCCGGACAGAGGCUCGCGCCCCCAGUCGCCCCGGAAGGGCCCGGCCACCAUGAACUCCAGCUCCAUCUAUCAUAUGUACCUCCAGCAGGCGGCGCCAAAGAGUCAGCCACUCAAACCUGCGCUCAAAGCAGUCUAUGGGAAGCCUGUCCUCCCUCCCAACUCAACCCCCCCUUCACCCCUGCCUUUCGUCCCGGCCGCAGGGGCCUUCCCGUUGCUCCAGGGUCCGCCCGGCAGCAUCGAGGAUACGCCGGACGGUGACGUGGAGGAUCUCGAGGGCCUACGCCACAUGGAGCCGUCGGCCCCUCCUCCCAGCGUGGAGAACAUCCCUCGGCCGCUCAGCCCCACCAAGCUUACGCCCAUGGUCCACUCCCCAAUGCGCUACCAAAGCGAUGCCGAUCUCGAGGUGCUCCGCAAGAAGCUGGCCAACGCCCCGAGGCCGCUCAAGAAGCGAAGCUCCAUCACAGAACCAGAGGGUCCGAGCGGACCUAACAUCCAGAAACUUCUCUACCAGAGAUUCAACACUCUUGCAGGGGGGAUGGAAGGGAGCGCCGGGUCUGGGAGCGGCAACGGCGCCGGCAGCGGAACGCCAUUUUAUCAGCCGGCAAAUCCUCCCGGCUCUCUGGGUUGCGACCCGGCCGCGGACACGGACAAUGGCAACCUUCCCUCGGACACCUUGCCUCCGCCGCCGCAGCCCGAAUCCGAGGAGCGGGGCUCGGAGAUUUCCUCUAUCGACCCUAACGACAACCGUCCGUUGCCUCCACCUCCCGAAGGACUUUUGGACCCGGCUGAAGAGGAAGGACCUGAAGACAACAACAACAAUUUGGAGAGCUCCGAGGCUUUGCUGCCUAGCCCCGUGCUGGAGGUGACGUCUCCGGAGGAGAGCGGUAUCGUGCAGACCCAACCAUCACGCACAAACUUAAAGAAACCAGAGUCUGAGCGCACAGGCCACGGCUACCGAGUGAAGUUCAACCCUCUUGCGCUCCUGCUGGACGCCUCGUUGGAAGGAGAGUUUGACCUGGUCCAGAGGAUCAUCUAUGAGGUGGAGAAUCCCAGCACCCCCAACGACGAGGGCAUCACCCCGCUGCAUAACGCUGUCUGCGCCGGACACCACCACAUUGUCAAGUUCCUGCUGGAUUUCGGCGUCAACGUCAACGCGGCCGACAGCGACGGAUGGACUCCGCUCCACUGCGCCGCCUCGUGCAACAGCGUGCACCUGUGCAAGUUGUUGGUGGAGUCGGGGGCCGCCAUCUUCGCCAGCACCAUCAGCGACGUGGAGACAGCGGCAGAUAAGUGCGAGGAGAUGGAGGAGGGCUACGUCCAGUGCUCGCAGUUCCUAUACGGCGUUCAAGAAAAGAUGGGCGUGAUGAACAAGGGCACGGUGUACGCCCUGUGGGACUACGAGGCUCAGAACCCGGAUGAGCUGUCCUUCAGGGAGGGCGACGCCGUCACCGUACUGCGGCGGCAGGACGACAGCGAGACAGAGUGGUGGUGGGCACAGCUGGAGGACACGGAGGGCUACGUGCCGCGCAACCUGCUGGGGCUCUACCCCCGCAUCAAACCUCGCCAGCGCUCCUUGGCAUAGCGUGGCAAUGCUAUAACGAAAGAGCAGAGAACAAAUGAGCCUCAUCGAUCUUCUCCUGGUGGCCAUUUUCCCCCCCUCAUCCUGCUGUCAUUUAUUUACAUACACGCACUGUGAUGGACAAGCACUCCAAAUGCAGGAAAUCCCCAUGGUCACUUGGAAGCCAUCACUUGAGCCACCCCAGUUGCCCUGUUCCACAGUGCAGCUGUUGAAGGUAACCCUUGUCGCUGCAGUUCCCCCCCCCCCCCCCCCUUCUUCUCUUCAGCCAUCUUUUCUCCCCUCUCGUGGUCAGUAGGAGUCUACAGAGCAACAAUGACAGUUGCUCAUGUGACAUUGAAUUGCAUUUUCAACCCCCCCUCCCUUUAUAGAGGAAUCAACCCAAAUGUUUUCUUUUUUUGUGUUUUUAACCACCAAAAAUUGCAAUAGGUAGUUUAUGUGUUUAAAGGUUUUAUGGGUGUAC